AGGCGCCAUAUUUGUUGUCCUUAAAGAAAAUUUCAGUGGUUUGCAAGCUGUAAAUGAAACUACCAAUAACUACAAAAUUACUUAUCGAUUGCUAGGCGAAUCAAAAUUGUCGUCACUAACCAACAACUUUAUAGGUUACACCUCGUCGGGGAAAGGGGGAUUUCCUUGCUUUUUUUCCUUGAUAGACGAAUGACAACACCACCACGGCCCUCUUCCUUAAUCGCAGCUGGUUACAAACGCUCUAGAAAAGUAGUUUGUAGCUAGAGAAUACUUCCUUUAUGUGCCACUGGGAGCGACGGGAGGAUGGCAGAUGACAAGGACGUGCUUCGAGAUGUUUGGUUUGGUCGGAUUCCGACCUGCUUCACACUUUACCAGGAUGAGAUCACAGAGAGAGAGGCCGAACCCUUCUAUCUCCUCCUGCCAAGGAUGAGCUACUUGACUCUGGUCACAGACAAGGUGAAAAAGCACUUCCUGAAGGUCAUGAAGGCCGAGGACAUAGAGGAGAUGUGGUUUGAUUUCGAGGGAACCUCACUCAAAUGGCACUAUCCAAUCGGAUUACUGUUUGACCUGCAUGCCUCCAACACUGCCCUGCCCUGGAGCAUCACUGUGCACUUUAAGAAUUUCCCAGAGCGUGACCUGCUCCACUGCCCCUCUAACUCUGUGAUUGAGGCCCACUUCAUGUCCAGCAUCAAGGAGGCGGAUGCCCUCAAACACAAGAGCCAGGUCAUCAACGACAUGCAGAAGAAAGACCACAAGCAGCUGUGGAUGGGCCUGCAGAAUGAUAAGUUUGACCAGUUCUGGGCCAUGAACCGUAAGCUGAUGGAAUACCCCACAGAGGAGGGAGGCUUUCGCUACAUCCCCUUCAGGAUAUACCUGACGAUGAGUGACAGACCGUUCAUCCAGAAGUUGUUUCGCCCCAUCUCGCCCGACGGCCACACACACACGCUUGGGGACCUGCUGAAGGAGGUGUACCCCGUGGCUAUACCCAACGAUGACGAGUCCAAGCGUUACCAGGUGGUGAUCCAUGGGAUUGAGCCCCUGCUGGAGACCCCGUUGCAGUGGCUGAGCGAGCACCUCAGUCACCCUGAUAACUUCCUCCACAUCAGCGUCAUACCCGUGCCUAGCGACUGACACCUUUGGCAAAGUUUGGUAACACCCGGCAACUGGGAAAGUUGCAAACUCCGAACGGACUCUUCAGAGAGCAGGAAAACCCACGUGACUGGGGGGCGAGGAGUGACGCAAUCGCAGUGUGACGUCAUCUCAUUCAACUUGUCCCAAAAGGGAGCCCACCAGGAGAAAAUGUAAAAUGUUCUGUUUUCCAUCUAUUUUCCUCUCCUCCUUCGCACUCCGUCUCUUUUGGACCUUUACCUGUUUGGGGAAAGUUGUUCCGCCCAAAAUGUGGUAGGCCAAACUGAAAGAGUGCUCAUCUGUUUAAAAAGAGAGGCAGGGAGAUUCCGCUUACCACCUCCUCACUCCUCUUCCUCCUCCUAGGGAAAGAGAGAGGGCCCAGACAUGCCUAGUGGGACCCUCUACAAACAGAAUUUGCCUUAGUUUUCCCGAGUCACAUCAUGAGCUACACUGCUGGACGUUCAUAAAGUCACACUGAGUUUACACACUUGUACUGUAUGCCACUGUGGAGUGAAAGGGGAUUUUUAAAGACGCUUCACUUCUUCAUUCUUUGUCUCUCGCUCUGUCUGUCUGUAUAUUCUCUAUCUUCCUCUCUCACUGUAUUUCCUGUUUCUUUCUUCUCUCUCUUCCUCCCUCCCCCUCUUUCUCUCUCGUGUCAUUUACUGCCGACGCUCUCUCAUCUCCAUAGCUAAUUAUCUUAUUGGAAUUCCUCCUGCUACUAAUGAGACCGCUAAACUUCUGUCUCCAUGCCAAGCCUUGGGGUUGUGUGAGUGUGUGUUGUAAUUGGAGACAUAAUUUAAAGUCUCCUAGAGGGGACAUGGAGGGGGUGAGGAAGGUGUGAAGAGUCCAAAUGGAAUCCUGUCUGUCUUCUCUCUUGCGUGUCUCGUGUCAAAGGGAGAUGGGGCCAGACAUGUAAUUUGGAGUGUGUUGUUAGUCAAAGGGGAGGGAAACUUGUGAUGUCACACCUGUCUAAGCACGUCAGGCUUCCUCAUUCGCCGCCUAGGAGGAUGGGAUAGGGGAGUUUACAGCUCUGAGUCAGGGCUGGGCUCGACGUGGGGUACUGUCUGAGGGGUAGGCAUGUGCAUACGUGUGUGUAUGUACAUGUGUGUAUGGGUACUUUUUGCACAUUUUGUUGUUACAAAGUGGGAUUCAGAUGGAUUUCAUUAUCAUUGUUGGAAAAUGAUCUACACAAAACACUCUUAUGUGGAAGAAAAAUUGUAACAUUAACAAAAUACAAAAAAAUGUAACACUACGUAUUCUCAUCCCUGAGACUACAUGUUAGAAAAACCUUUGGCAGUGAUUACAGCUGUGAGUCUUUUUGGCUAAGUCUAUAAGAGCUUUGCACACCUGGAUUGUACAAUAUUUGCCCAUUAAAAAGUCUUCAAGCUCUGUCAA